AUGAAUGUCAAAGGCUAUCUAUCACUAGUGUUCAUUUUGGCAUGGUCAUCAAGAUUUACAUAUGGAGAAAGAUUCAUUGGCUAUAGUGGUUAUUUUGUGUAUGAUGAAGCCAAUCUCCCAUUGAACUGGUGGGUUUCUGCUGAAAACAGGUUCACAUUCCAGUUCAGCUUCUGCAACCCAGAUGGUGUUGUACUAUUCCAGAACAAUGCAACAAAGAAUUCUGAUUUCUUUGCUGUGUUUCUUUACCAGCAGUAUGUUUUUUACGAGUGGCACGGAGGAUUCAGGGUGAAAGAGGCAUAUAUCAAUUUCAAGCUAUCACCCAACACAACAUACUCUUUAAGUCUGUUUAACCUUGGUAAUUCAAACACCACUGCAACAAUAAACUUAAAGCAAGUACCAUUGGUCACAUUGACUGGAAGAAGUUUUGGAAUACAUCUUGGGUUCUUAUCAGGACAGCUCCUAAUUGGAGGAUAUGCAAGCAGAUCUGAUGUGCAGGGUAUCCGGUCUCAAGCUCAGACAUACCCCCUUGUCUGUGUUCACUUUAUUGAAGCAGAACGGAAGCAGUUAAAUUUUAACACAUCAACACAUUCUUCCAAUGUUCAACAAUCAUGUCCAAAAAACAUGUGUAAUUCACAAGAAGAUGUAACAAUCACAUCCAGGAAUUCAUUUUUAGCCUAUGACAUCUUGAAGACAUCAACAUCAUUGUUCCAUGACAUAUCUAUCAGAUUCAGAUCAAGAGCCAAGAACGGACUAUUAUUUUAUCUUGGAAACCAACAAGGUGCCUAUCUUGCUGCAAUUGUCCAUAAGAGACAUUUGAAUGUCUCUCUAAACAUGAUCAGUGCGGCGUAUACAUCGAUAUCUCUGCAAUCAAAGGAAGCAGUCAGCGAUGGGAAUUGGAAAGACUUAACUGUGAAAAGAACAGAGUCACUCGUUGAGGUGAUCCUGGAUGGCAACCUGUACCAAAUGAGAUUCACAGUACCAGACAUGGCAGUCGAACCACGCUAUAUUGUUCAGACCGGCCUGUUCUACGUUGGAGGCCUAAACGAAACCCUUUCGGUACAGAACGUCAUGGGAAAUGUAAAUACGUCUUUGAUUGGAUGCGUCAAAGACCUAAGGUUUACCGACUCGCGGAGCAUUGAUAAACGUUACGUUACUCUCCGGAACACCCAAUCUCAAAGGUGA